AUGGCUCAAAAAACUAAUCCAAGACUAUAUCGAGAAAUCUUUCUUGUUUUCGGGAUUCUAAGUGUUGUAUUGUUGGCCCAAAAGGGUGAUGCAUAUGAUUUCAAGGUUGGAGACUCGACAGGUUGGACGGUCCCUAAAGAUCCUAAUGCCACCUUCUACAAUCAAUGGGCCGAGAAGAAUCGGUUUCAGAUUGGCGACACAUUGCUGUUUGUAUAUGCUGCUGGCCAAGACUCCGUUCUGCACGUGACCCAAGAUGAGUACACAAACUGCAGCACAGAGACAGCCCUGGAGAAGUUCACGGACGGGCACACCGUGUUCAAGUUCAAUCAGUCGGGCCCACACUACUUCAUAAGUGGGGUCGCUGAUAAUUGCCGCAAAAACGAGAAGCUAGUUGUAGUGGUGAUGGCUGAUAGAAGAAGCUCACACGGACCCAAUGGGACAGUGUCGACCCCGCCAUCAUCAUCACCUCCUUCUCCAGCUCCGGCCGGCGAGGAGUCACCAUCACCACCGCCUUCCGGUGAGCCACAGACGAACCCAACUCCGGCACCUUCUCAGGAGUCGAGACCCCCCAGAAACAGUGGUUAUAUGAAUGGGGCUAGUGUGGUGACUGCAGUUGUUGCAGCCUUCUUUGGUUCAUCACUUGUUUUCGGUAUCUGA